AUGGAAGGAUUAGAUGCGCUGAUAGAGAGACUGUUGGAAGCAAGGAUCAACAGAGGUAAAAGGAUUCAGCUAAUCGAGUCCGAAAUUCGACAACUUUGCAUAACUGCAAAAGAAGUCUUUCUCAGGCAGCCUAAUCUUCUUGAGUUGGAAGCUCCAAUCAAUGUUUGCGGUGAUAUACAUGGCCAAUAUCCAGAUCUCUUGCGACUGUUCGAGUAUGGCGGAUUCCCACCAGAUGCCAACUACGUUUUCCUUGGAGACUAUGUAGACAGAGGAAAACAGAGUAUAGAGACCAUAUGCCUUCUCCUUGCAUACAAAGUCAAGUUCCCUGAUAAUUUCUUCCUCCUCCGAGGGAACCAUGAGUGUGCUUCCAUCAACAGAAUCUAUGGAUUCUAUGAUGAGUGUAAACGCCGCUUCAGCGUCCGGCUAUGGAAGAUUUUCACCGACUCCUUUAACUGUUUGCCUGUGGCUGCAGUCAUCGAUGACAAGAUCUUCUGCAUGCAUGGCGGCCUUUCUCCUGAGCUGAACAACUUGGAGCAACUCAGAGCCAUUGAAAGGCCGAUUGAUGUACCCGACCAAGGGCUCUUGUGUGACCUACUUUGGUCGGAUCCAGAUAGGGACAUUAAAGGGUGGGGUGAAAAUGAUAGGGGUGUUUCUUAUACCUUUGGGGCAGAUAAGGUGGCAGAGUUCUUGAUGAAACAUGAUCUGGAUCUCAUAUGUCGGGCUCACCAGGUUGUUGAAGAUGGUUACGAAUUCUUCGCAGACAGGCAGUUGGUUACCAUAUUCUCUGCACCAAACUAUUGUGGAGAGUUCAACAAUGCAGGUGCCUUGAUGAAUGUGGAUGCAAGUUUGCUCUGCUCGUUUCAGAUAGUCAAACCCUGGAGAGGGAAAGCUCCCCAGCUAGAAUAA